AUGCUAUCUUGCUCUGAUGAUGUUCGUCGUACGACGGACGAAUGCUCACCACCUUUUCACCGGAAACAGCGUCAACAUGGAUCGUCCAGUAAAGCCAAUCGACAGCUGGUCGAGAGGACUUCGCCGUCGUCUGCUGGUGGAACCGACCUUCGAAUCUCUUCACCCAACACUUUCACUCGAAAUGGAAGUAAGCUCAACACUUGGACCAAUCGCGGUUGCGAUAUAGACCUCAUUCAGUAG